AAUGCGUCACCACGGCAAUGAAACUCUCCGAAGACUUUUCAAACUCACUUGAAAGGCCGAGUGACUGAACAAAGCAGGAAGAAAGAUGCACUAUUACCGCUAUGAGACCGCGGAGGUCAGCUGCUGUUUUAAGUACCUGAUGUUCAGCUACAACAUCAUCUUCUGGCUGGCUGGGGCGGCCUUCAUCGCUAUCGGUUUUUGGGCCUGGAGUGAGAAGGGGGUGCUGCUGGACCUCACCCAGGUGACGCGCCUGCACGGGUUCGACCCGGUGUGGCUGGUGCUGGCGGUGGGCGGGGUCACCUUCAUCCUGGGCUUCGCCGGCUGCGUAGGGGCCCUGCGGGAGAACAUCUGCCUGCUCAAGUUUUUCUCAGGAGUGAUCGGCUUCAUCUUCUUCCUGGAGCUGACGGCGGCCGUGCUCGCCUUCGUAUUCCAGGAACCCCUGAAAGAGUGGAUCAAGGACUUCUUCCUCACCAACGUCAAGGCUUACAGGGAAGAUAUCGACCUGCAGAACCUCAUAGACUCGCUACAGAGACUGAACUAUUGCUGCGGAGCCAAUGAUCCCAAUGACUGGGACCAGAACGUCUACUUCAACUGCUCCAAACACAACCUCAGCAGGGAGCGCUGUGGAGUCCCCUUCUCCUGCUGCGUCGGCGAUCCUGCGGACUCAGUGGUGAACACUCAGUGUGGCUACGACAUCAGGGCUCAGAAGGGAGACUGGAGCAGCACUAUCUACGCUAAGGGCUGUAUACCGGCCUUGGAAGAGUGGCUACCGCGUAACAUCUACAUCGUAGCCGGAGUCUUCAUCGUCAUAUCUCUGUUGCAGAUGGUGGGGAUCUUCCUGGCGCGGUCGCUGAUCAGCGACAUCGAGAAGGUCAAGUACAGCUACUACUGACGCAGCCCACGCGGGGUCAGUCUCGGGUUCGGACUCUCACCAGCACCUCUGCUCCCAUUGGCUGGGGCCUGCCCGGAGAGCGGGAGGGCGGAGCUCAGUACCAAAUGAUCUGCUCCGCCCCUCUGUCUGUCUGUCUGUCAGCAUGUUUCAGUGGGGAAUGCAGCAGGAAGGGGGACCAACGCGGGACAGACUGAAAUAGUUUACAUCAUUUUAUCUCUCUGAGAGCCAGAAAGAUUUUAAUUCAAGGGCCGCAUUAACCGUCUAGUUUUUGUUGUUGUUGUUUCAUUAAUUGUUUUUGGAUUUAUAAUACAAUGAAGAUGUUGGAGGCAGAGGUCACCCCAGCAAUGUAAGGCAUGCGUCCUGCUAACGAACUUGGGGUUCCGCCAGCCUGCUCCCCGAGUUCUGAUGCAAGGAUGAUGUCAGUGAACUCCCCGGUUCUAUUUUUUUUUUUUACAGUUCCACACAUCAGACACGCCCUCUUUCGUCCUGUUGUGACCUCACAGCCUUGAUCAUUACAUUCCGUCAUACACCUGAAUUCUGAGCCCUGUGCUGCGGCUGUGACUGCCAUGACAGUCUAACUUCACUCACUGUAGGAGGUGUUCUGCUUUUUCCACUGGGCUGGGACGUGGAGGGAACGCGAGUUGGAAAGCUGGGGGGUGGGUGCCAUUUUCCUUCUCUCUGCCUUCUUAGUGGCGUCUCUUAAAAAAACAACAAAAAAAAGCUUUUUUUUUAUUUUGCAGAUGGGGAAGCAAUCUUUCAGUACUUCUGAAUUCAUGGCCACCAAGGCCUUGUUGAUGCACGCUUGUUUAAUGGCUUGGAUAUGGUGCGGUUUGGUUGGAGGUGAUAUCAAGGGUCAUUGUGUAAAUGCAAAAGCAUGUCAUGGAGAGAAACCAAGAAAAGACGACUGCUGUCACAAUACCGUUCUCUCCCCAUUGCAAGUUAAUAUCUAUGAGGACAAGCCACCUCAUCAAUGUUCGUUAAUUUCGAGCCUGUUGGAAUGUUCACCGUGUCACAAAGCACCUCUGGGCAGAGAUCAUAUGGUCCUGGAACCUGGCAGGAACCAUGAGCCAGACAAGAAGAGACGGGGGGGGAGAGGGUGUGGCCAGCCAGCUUAACAGGAUAUGGUGGCUUAGGUGCACUCCAAUCCACCUGCAUUAGUCACUCAAAUUCCUUUUUGUUCCUCUGCUGUUAUAAAGCCACUUUCUCUGCUCUCCUCCACCUCUCCUUCCUGUGUGAAAGGGGAAGACUGAGCAAUGAGUGAACCCUCCCCCAGUCACGUGCACACACACGUGCACACACGCUGAUACACACCUGACAACCUGCCAUGUCUGCAAUGUGAAUUCUGUGUGUAAAUCCUACAUAGGUGGGUGCUUACAAAGUGCUCAGGAGGCCUGUACAAGCUAAUGUCAUCUCUUCGUCUCCAGACCCUACCCUCCCUCUCCAUUCUCCUACAUGUCACAGCCGUAAUGAGCAGCUAGAAGAUUAGAUGUCACAAUAAGCGAUGAUUGGGGUUGAAGUCCAGAUGUUGUUGUGUAAGUGUGGGUUGUUGCCUGCACCUCUGGACUUGAACUCUGAUCAGCUCUUUCUCUAUGAGAUGUUCUGUAGAGCGCUUCUGCAUUUAACCUGACACCACACAGUACCAGAUUCUGCCCUGCAGUCACCCCGAGUGCCUGAAGGAUUCUCUGUGGGCGUGCCAGUCCCACAAGGCAUUAUGGGAAAACUUUUACUCUUGAAUUUUUACAAAAAGGGACCUUUGUUACAUUUAUAAUUAUACAAAGAAAAAAUAGUUCUAGUUCAAUUUUUUGUAAUAACUUUUUUAUGUUUUGUAAAUACAAAUUGUGUAAUUUCUUGCCAGCUAAUGUUUUUCAAUAAAAUCAGUCAGAUUUUAUUGGCCUUGUGAAUGGUGGAAAAUGGUCAGUUUGGCUAUAAUGUCACUUUUUGCAAAUAUGGUGUCAAUGAAGUCCUCAAUGUACCUCUUCAUUUCCUGUUUUCAUGAUAUAUUUGUCUGAACUGGGCAGCUGUGAAUAUACAUAUAAUUAUUACCAGUGUUUAUUAUUACCAGUGGCGAAGAGUAGCUGCUGUUUUCAGUUAAACGGAAAGUUGUUGGUUGUCACGGUACAAAUCAAGACACGUUUGCUUUUCUCAGAAGUACUUGGUUCCUUUUAUCUUUUUAAUACAGUGUACUGGCUCUCUUACUGCUUCAGUGAGAAUUAGGACGCCCCAACUUCUUCAGAAAAUCGGUUUUCUCAGCAGGCAAACCCUCACUGCUUAUAAUUGCAGAAUUUCUUUGUUUUUCUGGCUCAGAACAGCAUGCUUGUAAGUGAGUUAAGUGUAAUUCAGGCAUUUUUAUGGCAUUUUCUUUUAUUUCUUAAAUAUACAGCUGAGAAGCUAGACAGCUUUUCAUGCAGUUUACAGUCUUGAGAAUGUAAACAUGCCAUUAGGGACUUGAAGUCAAUUAGUUUGGAGCCCUCUAGUGUUCAAAAUUGUCUAUUGCAGAAUGCCGUUUUUUAGAUUGUGUUUUUUUAACUUGCUGGUAAUGUUAAGAUAUUGAAUUCAGAAGGCUGUUCUUCUGUUACGAAGAGCUGCUGCUGCACCUGUGGUGAGGGAGAACCUGCUCACAAUAAGCUGAAUUUUCCCCUCAGUUUGAGAUGUUUUAAGUGAAGGUUUUAUUGUGUGCUUUUUGUUGGAAGGCUAAGAACAUAAACUGUGAAAGACA